ACACGAAGCCAAAGAAGCUGAGCGAGGGGGAGGGGCGACUGCCCGCACGGAGAGACACAGACGCUGACAGACAGCGAGAAAUUGGCGGCCACGACCACCGCCGGGUCACGCGGUGAGCUCCCUCGCCCGCCGCGUCUCCCUCGGGCGCGACCCCGCCCCCGCGGAGUCUCCCCCGUGGUCUACCACCGCGCCCUACCUCAGCGUCACCGCCGACGCCUCAAUCUCGCCCCUCCACGCCUCCCGCCUCGCACGCGGGCCGCCGCAGUCGCCUCCCCCGCUCUUCCUCGCCGGGGCAUCGCGCCCCUGCUGUCCCCGCCCCGCCCCGCCCCGCCCCGGUCUCUGGCCAUUUGGGGUUUGAGAGAUGUUGCUUGCUGCCACCAUUAGCAGGUGAACCGGUGCAGAAUAACAAUGCCCAUAUCUUAUGAGAUGGAGGGUGGGCCUACUGUACUGCAGUUAUAUAAGUGGAAAAGCUUGCAUCCCUGUCUUGAACUAUCAAAAUUCUGUGAAGCGUCCAUUUCUCCUACAAGGAGCCUGUUUGGACUGCUCUCGGAACAUGGCGAUCUUGUUCUGUCAACUGUCAAUGUCCAACCAUCACAAGUUGAAUCACCUAUGGCUCUCUCAGAUAGUAGCUUGCCAGUGUUUGAGUGUUUUUCUUCUAUUCCCAGGGUGAAGUCUUUAGCAUGGGGACACUGCUGUGAUGCUUCUAGUCAACUUGAGGUUCCGGCUUUCAGUGAAUUUCUUGUUUUAUCUAGUGAUGAUUCUAUCACAGUUCAUGCGUUUUGUCAUUCUGACAAAAGUGCAGUAACAGUCAAUUGUGAUACUAAAGAGCUGCAUGGGGAGUGGAAAGAAUGGUUUCCUACCAAGUGCUCAGUGCCGGAGGAUGGCGAGUCGGGUGCAAGGAACUGCUUUCGCUCUUUUCUGACUACAAUCAGUGCAGCUGUUUGCAAUGGAAAAUACCAAGCCAGAUUUCCUCUGAAGUCUUCAUUGCCUCAUUCUGCAGAGGUGGUAUCAUUUAGCAUAUAUGAUAUUACUAUGUCCUUUCUGAAAUUCUGGUUAAGCAGUUCUGCUAUGAAGACUAGGACGGAAACUGACAGUGGAUCUCCUGAAGAUCUUCCAAGUCAUGGACCUGUAGCUGAAGCAUCAUGCAGCUGCCAGUGGGAAUGUUUAAAAGUUUUGCCUAGCUCUUCCGGUUAUUUGACCGGUUUAGUGUUAACUCCUAAUGAAUCUGUAAAUUGCGAGGUCCAUCAACACAACGCCAAAAAUAUUUUGGUGGCUAUCCUUGAGCUAAACCAUUGGGGUAUACAGUGGAACUUUGUGGUAGACCUUCAGACUGCAUAUGAUGAUGUAGAACCUAAUCCACAGUGGGUCGAUUUCCAACUGUCAGAUAUAUUUCUUGCCUCCAUCAAUGCAGUGGGUUUUGUCGCCAUUUGGAAUGCGAAAACUGGUCACCCUAUCAGCUCGUUUAGUGUUCUUGAUUGGUGCAGAAUAGAUCUGGAGAUGCCUUUGCCCACUGUAACAAAUGUAGGAGAAAGCACCUGUGUUGAGAAUGUCAUUGGCAGAAUGUUCAAGAGGUUAGUUUUGGCACCACAUUCUCCACUUGUUGCUGCUGUAGAUGAGGCUGGGGUAGUCUAUGUGUUCUAUGCUGACGAUAUCUUAAAUUUCAAAGCCAAUGCUCAUGAAAAGUUUGACCAACCUUCUAUAAAUCAUUAUGGCAAUAAUUUUGCUGCCUGGGAAACUGCUGGUCAUGAGAUCGGGAGUCAAACAUUUUGCAGUCAUCAGCCAAUUAGACAAGGGUCACUUAAUCCAGACAAAAUGGUAUAUGAUUUUUCAGAUAGAUACAAUGCUGGUGUCGUCGGAGCUAGGAAAAGAAGAAAAUACUGUAAAUGUAAUGAAAAUCAAGUGGAUAGCUGGCCAAGUGGUUUCAGUACUACAUCACAAAUGAAAGAUGUGGUAACUUAUUCUUCCACAAUGGUGGGUUCUGCUCAUGUGCGAAGAGUAGUCCUUCCUCCAUGCAGAUCACAGGAGAAUGUAAUAAGCCUCUCACCAUUUGGACUGACAAGGAUCUUUAGAAGUUGCAAUGCAGAGGGACAUAAACAUGUUAAAAUUAUUCACACGGAGUUGCUUAUGGCUUCAUGUUCACUUGACGAGAGAGAUAUUGAUGCUGGUUUUCUGGACAGGAGCCUCCCAUAUCAGAAGGAUUUUUCUUUUGCUGGUGAAUCUGCUGUUUGCUCCUUUCAGGGAUAUUUGUAUUUGAUUUCGCAGGAUAACCUUUCUGUGGUCCUUCCAUCAGUGUCUGUAUCGUCUUUUUCAUCUCGUAUCGAUGCCACUCAAUUUUGGCAACCAGGUUUUUCUGGUGGUAGUGCAUGCAAUGCUCUGAAUUUGUUGUCAGUAAAUAGACUUCGAACAAGAUUGGAGGCCUGGCAAAUAGAGGUUUUGGAUAAAGCAUUGUUGUAUGAAGGACCUUCAUUAGCAGACAGGCUCUGCUGGGAGAAUGGAUGGGACAUGAAAAUCUCUAGGCUGCGCUGGGUGCAAUUGUCAUUGCAUUACACAAAUAUCAAUGAUCUGGAGCAAUCGUUGAAUAUGCUCGCGGAGGUUGAUCUUGCAGAAGAAGGUGUUUUGCAACUGCUAUUGGCAUCUGUUUAUCGGCUAUUAUGUAGCACAAGAAGUGAUCAUGAGGCUGCAGUGUCAUCCAAGUUAAUGGUUUUAGCAGUCCGCUUUGCAACGAGAACAAUCAAGGCUUAUGGGCUACUUAAGCAAAAGAAAGACAUGCCAGCCAAUUCAGUAAAGCUUCAUGAAAUGGCUUUCCUUUUGGGAGUAAUUAGAAGUAUCCAGGGCCGAAUCACUGCAAAGAACCAGAAUUCAGUCCGGAUGCAAGGAGAUGAUAAAAACUCACUGAAAAUAGGCAAAGAAGUACUACAAAAUGAUUCUCCAUCCCCAGUUGUUGUAGUGGAUGGUGUUUCACCAGAACUGUCAGCUGGUUUAGAUGCUCCUGACAGACAAGGAUCAACAUCUACUGCAUUUGAGUUUGUUCCUGGUAGUAACAGGCUGUUAGCAUUAACGCAAGUUGAAUCCUCCCUUACUACUUCUCAUGACAAUGACACUGAUCAAAGAACCACUCAAGUUGGAAGACUGGUUACUCAAGGAAAUAUCAAGGAUAUGAUGAACCGUUGGGAAAUGAAUAAGUUUGACUUGAAAACAAUAGUCGGUGAAGCACUACAAUCUGGUCGACUACCGUUGGCAGUUCUUCAGCUUCAACUGUUGCGCCAGAGGGAAUCAUGUUCUGGUGAUGAUUUUGAUGACGUUUUCUCCGAAGUUCAUGAAAUAGGAAGAUCCAUUGUUUAUGAUCUGUUAAUGAAGGGUGAAAGUGGACUGGCAGUAGCUACACUAGAAAGACUAGGAGAUGACAUAGAGUCGGACCUUAGACAACUUAUGCAAGGUACUGUCAGAAGGUCACUUAGGCUACAAAUAGCCGAGGAGAUGAAACAGCGCGGGUACAUGCGAUCAAAUGAGUGGAAGAUGUUGGAGACCUUAGCACUGAUUGAGCGUUUUUACCCAAGCAGCAGCUUCUGGGACACAUAUCUUGGCAGGGAGAACGUUAUUCAUGAUGCUGUAAAUAUUGUUACACUUCCAGGGGAAGAUAAACCAGUGCUUGCUCUCCAUAUUCGCAACCACCCUGCUAUUGAAUGUGGUGAUGUUGAUGGAGCUGUGCUUGGUUCUUGGGUGAACGUUAACGAUUACGCUGAUUUAAAGGAGUUCUCUCAAAGCAACCUUUCCGAUGGAUAUUGGGUGUGUGCUGCUGUGUGGUCUGAUGCUUGGGAUCAAAGAACUGUGGACCGCAUAAUACUGGACCAGCCUUGUCAUAUCUCUGCUCAAUCGGACCUCCCAUGGGAAUCUCAGUUUGAAUAUUUUGUUGCUCAUGAUGAUGUGGGGGAAGUCUGCAAACUCUUGGACAUGAUUCCUGACAGUGUACUUCUAGAAGGGAUACUUAGCAUUAAUGUGGACAAUUCACGAGCUGGUUACAGCAUUGUGUCUGACGUCAGUGUCCCUGAUUAUAAAAUGUAUAUAUGCGACUCAGAGGAGCUAGAGCCUGUUUGUAUGGAAGUACCACAUGUCAAAAUAUUCAGAUCCUUGUCUAAUCAUGAAUCAACAUCAUGGAUGAGAAUGCUAAUGCAGGAACAACUGGCAAAGAAACACAUCUUUAUGAAAGAGUACUGGCAAAGUACUACCGAAAUUAUACCUUUACUUGCUCGAGCUGGCAUACUUACUAAUACAGCCAAGAUAGGCCCCAAGAAAGAAGCUUCUAUGCCAUUAAUUGCUUCAGAGAUGCCAGAUGAUGAACGUCACCAGGCUUGUGAAAGAGCAUUGCAUAAACUAGUCAUCCGUUUUUGUGUGCAAUAUGACUCUCCAUACCUACUCGAUCUCUAUCUGGACAACUGCAAUUUGAUUCUCGGGGAGGACUCUAUUCCUUUGCUCAAAGAAGCCGCAGGUGAUUGCAAGUGGGCACAAUGGUUACUCUUCUCCAGAGUCAAAGGUUAUGAGUAUGAGGCAUCCUUUUCUAACGCCCGUUGGAAUCUGUCACAGAAAAUGGUUAAUCAUGGCAAUCUAACUGCAAUUGAGAUAGAUGAGAUAUUAUAUACUGUUGAUGAUAUGGCUGAACGGAUUGGGGAAAUGUCUGCACUAGCUACCUUAAUGUAUGCUUCACCACCAAUUCAAAAGUCCAUAUGCACUGGCAGUGUGAACAGAAAUCGUGGAUUGUCUUCUCAGUGCACAUUAGAGAACCUAGGUCAUUGUCUCCAGCAAUUUCCAACCCUAUGGAAGACACUUCGUUCCACCUGUUUUGGGCAAGAUGGGUAUGGCUGUCUAAAUUAUUCUCCAACUAAUGUUUCUGGAAAAUCCGCAAUGUCAGAUUACUUGUGCUGGCGCUAUAGCAUUUUUUCCUCUGCUGGAGGAGACACUUCAUUGUUGCAAAUGCUCCCGUGUUGGUUUCCAAAGUCUAUUAGAAGAUUAAUCCAACUAUUUGAACAGGGCCCUUUUGGGAUGCAACUGCUAUCGAGUGCACCGUCAUCUGAGGAGUUAUUUACUCAUGGUGUCACUGACUACAUAUACAAUACCACUGGAUAUAGUGAAACCAAUGCGUUGUCCUUAGAAGCAUCCAUUCAAAAAAGUGUUGAAGAAGAACUAUAUUCUUCCCUCGAGGAGAAAGACUUGAGGGUGGAGCAUCAUUUGCACCGUGGCCGAGCACUAGCAGCUUUCAGGCAUCUUCUUGGUAAAAGAGCUUCACAAUUAAAAUCAGCAAAUGCGCGCCAAGUGAUCUCCACACAGUCUGAUGUUCAAGCAGAUGUACAACUGAUCCUAGCCCCUUUAAGUCAAACUGAACGAUCAGUUCUUCUAUCGGUGGCUCCACUAGCUAUCACAAACUUCGAGGACUCCACACUGGUUGCUUCCUGCACAUUCCUGUUGGAACUAUGUGGCAUGUGUGCUAACAUGCUCCGCCUAGAUAUUGCUGCUCUUCAGCGCAUCUCUUCCUACUAUAACUUGGCUCAACAAAAUAAACAAAGUGAGCUAUCUUCACCAAGGAGCUCCGGGUUACAUGUGCUCUCCCAUGGGGCUGAUAUUGCUCCUGCUCUUGCUCGAGCAUUAGCUGAAGAUUAUGUCCAGUCUGAUCAUCUUCAGAUUUUAGAGCAGAAGCAAACCUCUAGGGGUCCCAAAAGGGAACAACCAUCACAGCCUCUUAUUGCUAUACUGGAGCACCUGGAACGAGCAAGUUUGCCAUUAUUAGACGAAGGUAGAACCUGUGGAUUUUGGCUCUUGAGUGGCAUUGGUGAUGCAUCUCUUUACCGGUCGCAGCAAAAUGAAGCCAGCCAACAUUGGAAUUUGGUUACAGAAUUCUGUCUGGCGCACCAUCUCCCAUUAAGUACAAAAUAUCUGGCUUUACUGGCCAAUGACAAUGAUUGGGUUGGUUUUCUAACAGAAGCCCAGAGAGCUGGUUUUCCAAUUGAAGUUGUUAUCGGAGUGGCUUCCAAAGAGAUAAAGGACUCAAGAUUGAGGACUCAUAUACUAACAGUUCUGAAAAACACGUUAUCAAAUAGAAGGAAAUCGUCUAGCAAUGUACCCUCAGGUAGUAGGGAUCCAUCUCUCUUGUCUGUUGAUGGCGACGACCCCAUGGAACUUUUCUGCAUACUUGCUGUUUGUGAAAGGCAAAAGAACCCCGGGGAGGCACUUCUGAAUAAAGCGAAACAAAUGCAGUGGUCUUUAUUGGCGUUGAUUGCUUCAUGCUUUCCAGAUGUAACUCUUCUCUCAUGCUUAAGCUUUUGGCUUGAGAUUACAGCUGCAAGGGAGUUGUCCUUAAUCAAGGUGGACGGUAUUUCCUCUAAAGUAGCUAAGAAUGUUGGAUCUGCUGUUGAGGUCACAAAUAAAUUGCCAAGCGUGAGUAGGAAUGUUGAAUAUCGUUACAACAGGAAGAAUCCAAAGCGGAGACGGUUCUUGGAGGCCUCUCCAGAUAGCUUCAAAUCAGGUUUUUCGCUGGACAUCGCAAGUGGGCCAAAUGGUACUGCAACUUCCAAUCCUUCCGAUAUUGAUGCUCAUCAGGAAAGAAGAAAGCCCACCUCUGAAGAGACUGAUAUUCCAGUUGAUAUUGAUGAGAGGCUUGCAUCUUUAUCAAGUAUAGUAGCAGUGCUGUGUGAACAACAGCUGUUCCUACCGUUACUUCGAUCCUUUGACUUGUUUCUGCCAUCCUGCUCCCUUCUCCCCUUCAUUCGUUCUCUUCAGGCAUUUUGUCAAAUGCGCUUGUCCGAGGCUUCUGCACAUUUGACAUCAUUUUCAGCAAGGAUAAAAGAUGAAGCCUCUCAAUCAAACUCAUUCAAAGAAGCAUCAUCAAUAACAGGAUGGGUAGUUGCUACAGCUGUAAAAGCCGCAGAUGCAGUACUCUCAACCUGUCCAUCACUUUAUGAGAAGAGGUGUUUGCUACAGCUCCUUGCAGCGGUUGAUUUUGCAGAUGGUGGUUCUUCGUCAGCUUACUUCGGCCGCAGUUAUUGGAAAAUCAAUCUGGCUGAACCGUCCUUAUGCAAAGAUGGUGAUAUCUACAAGUGGAACGAUUCCAUGGAUGAUGCUUCUCUCCUGGCAGCAUUAGAGAAGGAUGGACGAUGGGAGGACGCUCGUACUUGGGCAAGGCAACUGGAGUCGAGUGGCAUAGCUUGGGAAUCUACUUUUGAUCAUGUGACGGAAUCACAGGCAGAAGCUAUGGUUGCCGAAUGGAAGGAGUUUCUCUGGGAUAUUCCACAAGAACGUGCAGCUUUGUGGGGCCACUGUCAGUCGCUUUUCAUGAGAUAUUCUUUGCCACCUUUACAGGCUGGAUUAUUUUUCCUUAAGCAUGCUGAAGCAUUAGGGAAAGAGAUACCAGCACGAGAGCUUCAUGAAAUACUUCUGCUAUCUUUACAGUGGCUUACUGGAACUAUUACUAAAUCCUCUCCGGUAUAUCCUCUUCAUCUUCUCCGGGAAAUUGAGACUAGGGUUUGGCUCCUGGCAGUCGAGUCAGAGACUCACUCUAAGGCUGAUGGCGAAUCUUCUGUUGUUUCUCAGAGUCUAGCUAUUGGAAACAGUACCAGUAUUAUAGAACAGACUGCUGAUGUCAUCACAAAAAUAGACAGUAGUAUGAGUUUGCCAAGCAUGAAAGCUGCAGAAAGAAAUGGUAUGAGGGACAAUAACUUAUCAAACCAUCAACAUUUGCAUCUCUUUGAAUAUAACAGUGAAGCAACAACAACAACAAAUAAUGCAAGAGCAAAGCGAAGGGGCAAAACAAAUCUACCACUUAGACGAGGUGUCACUGAUAAUGUUGAAAGUAGCACCAAUGAUUCUGAUGAUAAUUCUAAAGUUUUCUUUCGUUCUAAGAUUGGAGAACAAGCAAGAAAUUUACUAUCUGAAGAGGAAUUUGCAAAGAUGGAAGCGUCUCUGUCUGGUUGGGAGCAACAUGUCAGGCCUGCAGAUAUGGAGAAGGCUGUGCUCUCCUUAUUAGAAUUUGGGCAAAUAACUGCAGCUAAGCAACUCCAACAAAAGUUAUCUCCAUCAUAUGUUCCUGAAGAACUUGUCCUUGUUGAUGUUGCGUUAAGAGUUGCAAAUGACGGUGGUGAUGGAGAGAUCAAUUUAUUAUCCUUCGACACAGAAGCCCUUUCAAUACUUCAAUCUCUCCAGAUUGCAAGUGGCAGCAAUAUGAUUGAUCCAUCACAGGCUAUGGAGAAAUUAGCCGUCAAAUGUGGCGAGGGGCGCGGACGGGCUCUUAUUAGGAGAAUAAUAGCGGUUGUGCAAACUGCAAAAAUACUGGGACUCCCAUUUUCUGAAGCAUUUGAGAAACAGCCAAUUGAACUUCUGCAGUUGCUUUCACUGAAAGCUCAGGAUUCUUUUGAUGAAGCUAAAUUUCUGGUGGAGACACACAUUAUGCCUGCAUCUAGCAUUGCAAGAAUUCUUGCUGAUUCCUUUCUGAAGGGGCUUUUAGCUGCACAUCGUGGAGGUUAUCUGGACUCCCAAAAAGAAGAAGGCCCUGCACCACUAUUGUGGAGAUCAAGUGACUUCUUGAAGUGGGCAAAACUAUGCCCAUCAGAACCAGAAAUUGGCCACGCUUUAAUGCGUUUGGUAAUGACUGGGCAUGAAGUACCGCAUGCUUGUGAGGUUGAACUCCUUAUACUGUCACAUCACUUCUACAUGUCAUCUUCUUGUCUUGAUGGUGUGGAUGUUCUCGUCACAUUUGCAGCCAACAGAGUGGAUUCAUAUGUUUCAGAGGGGGAUUUUUCUUGCUUAGCUCGCUUGAUAACUGGAGUGAGCAAUUUUCACUCCUUGAGCUUCAUCCUUUCCAUCCUUAUAGAAAAUGGCCAAUUGGAGUUGCUACUUCAAAAGUAUUCUUCCACUGACACAGCCACAGUGGCACCUGCAUCAGUUCGAGGGUUUAGGUUGGCUGUUAUUACUUCACUGAAACAUUUCAACCCAAAUGAUGAUGAGGCUCUGUCUCUGGUAUACAAGCACUUCGACAUGAAACAUGAGGCGGCUUCCCUCCUUGAGUCGCGUGCAGAGCAGUACAUGGAAAGCUGGUUAGAUCGGCAUGAUAAGGAACGACGGAAUGAUGAGCUCCUUAAGGCUAUGCAUAACCUUGUACAGACUGCUGAGAUUCUUUCAACAAUUGACGCUGGCCAAAGGACACAUCGUGCUUGCGCUCGUGCUUCUCUCCUAUCUCUUCAGAUCCGAAUACCUGAUCUUGUAUGGAUUGGUCUUACAGAAACCAACGCACGCCGGAUUUUUGUGGAUCAAUCUAGGUUCCAGGAGGCCCUCAUUGUUGCCGAAGCAUACAGCAUAAAUCAGCCAAUGGAAUGGGCCCCAGUCUUCUGGAACCAGAUGCUGAAACCUGACCUCAUCGAGCUAUUUGUGGCUGAAUUUGUACUAGUUCUGCCCCUGCACCCACCAAUGCUCGUGGAGCUUGCGAGAUUUUACCGGGCCGAGGUUGCAGCCAGGGGCGACCAGUCGCACUUCUCAGUCUGGCUUUCACCUGGAGGCUUGCCUGCUGAGUGGGGAAAGCAUCUCGGCAGAUCAUUCAGGAGUCUGCUGCGUCGAACAAGGGAUAUGAGGCUGAGGCUGCAGUUGGCAACUCUGGCAACUGGGUUCAGCGAUGUCCUUGAGGGCUGCAAUGCGGUUCUGGACAAGGUCCCUGAGAACGCUGGGCCGCUGAUACUGAGGAAGGGCCAUGGGGGUGCAUACCUCCCUCUCAUGUAAAUCAUCUCUUCUUUUUGUCUCCAAAAGGUGGAUAAAUCUUACAGGAGUGUAUAGCACAACGGCAAAUGUUUCAUGCUUUCUUUGGCCCAGUCGCCCGGCAACCAUUUUCCCUCUUCCUCUGAAUUCUGUGACGUGGAUGGGGCCACUGGGGCUUCCGGUUUGUAUAUAAAGCAUUUUGAGCCUAUAGGUUGGACACACCGCCAAUUGGAAGUCAAUUUUGCAGCCUAUUCGGCAGAGACGAUUUUCCUGGCA